AUGGAUGCAUACUGCAGCCGCUUGGGGCUUCAGGCUUCUCAGGUGCGCUUCAUGGUGGAUGGUGAACGCAUUGCCGCGGAUGAUACCGCUGAGAAGCUCGGACUGGAGGAGAUGGGAUGUAUCCUCGAGGACGAGGAUCUGAUCGAUGUGGCCAUGGAACAGACAGGUGGCUUGACCUGA